AACUCAUUGAAGAAAUGUGUUGUUGGAAUGAGGAAGUCCACCAAAGAGGAAGCUCCUGUCACGGUAUUAACUUCCUGGUGCCUACGUUGGAAUAAAGCCAAAAGUUCGAUUGUUAUUUUUGGUAGAAGACUUGAGAAUGGAAGAUUGGAAGAAAGAUUCUGGAGAACGAGUAGUGUAGUGAAAGCCUUUACUCCGCUUUUGGUUAUUACUCGUCACAAAUCCAUUUAUUCUCUUGUUGGAGAACUCAAUUGGCAACAAAGUAACUUGGAUGCUUCUAUUCUUCGGAUGUUCAAUCUUGGCCUUCCUUCAAACUGGAAAAGUAUAUUAUUGGAAAAUAUCGCGCAUGAUCAGAGAGAAAAAGAGAAAUGUCAACAAGAUGCAAUAUAUAACAAUUGCAGUAGUGUAUAUAUAGCAAGAGAAGAACAGUAUGCAAUAUCCUCCGGAAUAGAAGAGUCCUUCAAAAUGAGUCGUUAUUCUCCUCGUGAAAGACGAAAAAGAGGACAAACAGAAACAGAAAAACUUUGUCGUUCUCUUAGAUACACAGGUUGGCAAAAAACAGACUAACCCGUUUAGAUAUACUACGCAGAGCGAAAACAUUAUUCAUAUGAAGCACAACGCUUGAGCAGAACAAUAAAAGCUUACGACGUAUUCUAAACUUUAUUA